AGACGGCGUCUCAAACCCGGAAGUGACACCUUAAGCCCGCCUCCUUCAAUGACUCAAGCUAAAGGACGGAGGAGCGCUUAACGAGGAUUCUCAGCGGCAACGGUGCCGUCAUCGUCAUUAUUGUUAUUGUUUUCAAAGGGGAAAUAAAUAACAAUGGGCACCACCGACUCCAAACUGAAUUUCCGGAAAGCAGUGAUUCAGCUGACAACCAAAACACAGCCCGUGGAAGCCACAGAUGACGCCUUCUGGGACCAGUUCUGGGCCGACACCAGCACCACGGUGCAGGAUGUUUUCGCACUAGUUCCAGCUGCAGAGAUAAGAGCUCUGCGAGAGGAGUCGCCCUCCAAUCUGGCCACUCUGUGCUAUAAGGCCGUGGAGAAACUGGUGCAGGGCGCCGACUCGGGCUGCCCCUCGGAAAGGGAGAAGCAGGCGGUCUUGAACUGCACCCGCAUUCUGACCCGCAUCCUCCCUUACAUCUUUGAGGACCAGGACUGGAGAGGGUUCUUCUGGUCCACGGUGCCUGGCGCCGGGCGUGCCGGGACGGAGGAGCUGGACGAUGACGAAGGAGCUCGACCCCUGGCCGAGUCGCUUCUCCUGGCCAUCGCCGACCUCCUCUUUUCCCCGGACUUCACCGUGCACAGCCACAGAAGAGGCCCGGACUCAGUGGAGAGCAUGCACUCCAUCGACAGCUGCGAAUACAUCUGGGAAGCGGGAGUGGGCUUUGCCCAGUCCCCCCCUCUGAACUACAUCCAUGACUUGAAUCGGACGGAGCUGCUGAGGUUGCUCCUCACCUGCUUUUCCGAGCUCAUGUACCUGCCCGCCUCACCAGACACCACUGUCCUCAACCCCUGGGUGACUUUUUUCUGCUCCGCUGAGAAUCGGCACGCUUUGCCUCUCUUCACCUCUCUGCUCAACGUGGUGUGUGCCUACGACCCGGUGGGCUACGGCAUCCCGUACAACCACCUGCUGUUCUCUGACUACCGGGAGCAGCUGGUGGAGCAGGCGAUGCAGAUCCUCAUUGUGACUCUGGAGCACGAUCGACGGGUUUCCCAGUGCCUGUCCUCGCCGUCCAAUGUGGAGGAACACGAGUCCACCGGCCCUGAAAACCUGUUUGUCAAUUAUUUAUCAAGAAUCCACAGAGAGGAGGACUUUGACUUUGUGCUGAAAGGCUUAGCUCGUCUGCUCACUAACCCUUUGACUCAAACGUAUCUGCCCAAUUCCACCAAGAAGAUCCAGUUCCACCAGGAACUUCUGGUGCUUUUCUGGAAGCUUUGUGACUUCAAUAAGAAAUUCCUCUUUUUUGUCCUGAAGAGUAGCGACGUGCUGGAUAUUCUGGUCCCAAUACUCUACUACCUUAACGAUGCAAGAGCUGAUCAAUCCCGCGUGGGACUCAUGCACAUCGGAGUGUUCAUCCUGCUGCUGCUGAGCGGGGAGAGAAACUUUGGCGUGCGCUUGAACAAGCCCUACGCCCUCCACGUGCCCAUGGACAUCCCCGUCUUCACAGGCACUCACGCCGACCUGCUUGUUGUGGUCUUCCAUAAGAUUAUCACCACGGGCCACCAGCGUUUACAGCCGCUCUUCGACUGCCUGCUCACCAUCGUCGUGAAUGUGUCUCCAUAUUUGAAAAGCCUGUCCAUGGUCGCGGCUAACAAGCUGCUCCACCUGCUGGAAGCCUUCUCCACCAGCUGGUUCCUGUUCUCUGCCGUCCAGAACCACCACCUUGUCUUCUUCCUGCUGGAGGCGUUUAACAACAUCAUACAGUACCAGUUUGACGGUAACUGUAACCUGGUGUACGCCAUCAUCCGCAAGCGCAACGUGUUCCACCAGUUGGCCAACCUGCAGUCGGACCCCGCCUCCAUCCAGAAGGCUCUGCAAAGAAAGAGGAAGUCGCCCGACGUCAUCUCCCGCACCAGCUCCCAGGAGACGGUGUCCAUGGAGGGUUCCCGACCCGCGGUGCCGGCGGAGCCUGGCACUCUGAAGGCCAGUCUGGUUGCCAUACCAGGUAUUGAAAAACUGACUGAGAAGUCUCAGGUGUCGGAGGACGGCACCAUGGUGUCCGUGCCAAAGAUGGAACACUCGGAGCAGAAUGCAGCCGCAGGAACCAGCGACACCGAGUCCAACUCAGGCCGAGACAAUGAAGAUGUGUUCUACACUGAAGCUGAAAUGGAGAGAAGACGUGUGUCAAGUGCUUCUUCAGCAUCACUCUGGGCUCCCACACAAGACUGGGUCCUUUCCUGGAAGUGCAAGCUGCCAUUACAGACCAUCAUGCGUCUUCUCCAGGUGUUAGUCCCUCAGGUGGAGAAGAUCUGCAUUGACAAAGGUCUGACGGAUGAGUCCGAGAUCCUGAAGUUUCUCCAGCACGGAACGUUAGUGGGCCUGCUGCCCGUCCCUCACCCCAUCCUCAUCAGGAAGUACCAGGCCAACGCCGGCACCGCCAUGUGGUUCCGCACCUACAUGUGGGGCGUGGUCUAUUUGCGCAACGUGGACCCUCCCAUCUGGUAUGACACGGACGUGCGCCUCUUUGAAAUUCAGAAGAUGUAGACGCUCACCCCAGCUUCGACGGACCGGAUCCCAAGUAAAACUGUGUUAAAUUUGCUUCUUACUGUAAAGUCAUCAUGAUGAUGCAUGUUUUGGGUAGCUCGUUAAGGCGCCAUAAAAAGAAGACAUUUAUCCCAUUCAUCACUAUUGUCCGCGGAUUACAUCCGUGUUGUUUUGAACUGAAGAACGGGUGCGAAGAUGACUGCACUUUUGUUCUCGUGUUUGGAACGUCGUCAGACUUAGAAGUCAGCGUGCAGUCAGUCAAGUCAGACUUGUUUAAGGCAGCGCCACAGGAAGUCAUAGUUUCCGCCAGGUAACUGAGUUCGGGGUGAGGUGUUAUGCUAAUGAGCGUGUUUUCUUUCAUAUCACAGCUUUUUGGAGAGUACGCUCCGAGACGUUUAACUUUAAAAAACGACAAUAUUUCCUCUUCCCGACAUGCUUUAAAGUGAACUUGCACCUUCUUUCGUUGUGCUGUAACAGUAAAUAGUUUUUAUGUAUAAUAUAUACUCUUGUAUGUGUUUAAAAGUGUAUUUUCCUUAAAUUAUUCUGAAUAUAUAAAUAUAUUGAUAUGUGAACAAGAUGAAAUACUACACAACAUUGGAAAGACUGAUUAAAACAUAUUGAAGUAAAAAAAAGGGGGCUGUUUUGCAUUGUGACCACAAGAUGGCACUGUUUUCUUCUGAGACAAGGCCAAAGCCAUUUUAGCUCUCAUUCAUUAGGUCAGGGGUCGGCAACCCAAAAUGUUGAAAGAGCCAUAUUGGACCAAAAAUACAAAAACAAAUCUGUCUGGAGCCGCAAAAAAUUAAAAGCCAUGUCACAUACAGAUAGUGUGUCAUGAGAUAUAAAUUGAAUUAAGAUGACUUAAAGGAAACUAAAUGACCUCAAAUAUACCUACUAAUGAGGCAUAAUGAUGCAAUAUGCACAUAUAGCUAGCCUAAAUAGCAUGUUAGCAUCGGUUAGCUUGCAGUCAUGCAGUGACCAAAUGUCUGAUUAGCACUCCACACAAGUCAAUAACAUCAACAAAACUCACCUUUCAUGCACAACCUUAAAAGUUUGGUGGACAAAAUGAGACAAAAAAAGAAGUGGCAUAAAACACGUCCUAGAAAGUCGGAGAAAGUUAUACAUGGAAACAAAUUACGGUGAGUUUAAGGACCGCCAAAAUUAGUAGGAUAAAACGGCUCUCGCCAAAUACUCGAAUCAGUGAAGCAUGUUUAAUAUAAACAGUGUGAUUUAUAACAAUUAGGGAGGUUUGUGUCAUGUUUGUCCUCCUACAGAAACCAUAUUAAAACAAAAAAUAUAUUUUUUUCCCCUCAUCUUUUUCCAUUUUUCAUACAUUUUUGAAAAAGCUCCAGAGAGCCACUAGGGCGGCGCUAAAGAGCCGCAUGCGGCUCUAGAGCCGCGGGUUGCCGACCCCUGCAUUAGGUACACCUGCACCAAUACACAUAUGUUGUCUUUUCAAAAAUAGAGCUUAGUUUAAUUGAACACUAAAUGUAUUAUUGUGCUUGUGGAAUUGCCGUCAUACCGUCUAUAUUCUCGUGUUUAAUACGCUACGUGCAGGUAGGUGGACCACCAGUUACUGCCUUUGUUCAACCAUAAUGACUCUC